AUGUUCAAGCAGUUAUCUUUGCUGUUGCUGGUAGUGCAGCUGAUUGCACGGAGCACGGCAGUGGUAAAGUUUGAGAACCUCAACUACGAGCUGAACAAGGACUUCAUGCAUGGAAACAUUUUCAUCAAAAGUCAAAACGAUAAGUACUCGUUCGGGGCCGACGUGGAGAUGUCGAAGAAAAUCGAAGGGAGUGUCAUUGUCACGCCGGUCCUGCAGCAUCUGGUCAAGGGCGAGUACCACACGAUGGUGAAUAUCGAUCUGGACACAUGCAAGGUGGACCCGCUGAUGUCGGAAAACUCCAUCGUACGCACGAUCGCCAAGGAAUCGACCAAGUUCAUCAAUUUCUCACUCAUGUGUCCCUACAAUCCGGGUCGCUAUUUGUUAAAUGACUUUACACUCGAUUCGGAAAGUCCACUGCUGAAGCUGAUUCCGAACGGCAAGUACAAGAUGCAGCUGUCGGCAACACACUACCCGACCCCCGAUUCCCCCCCCAUCCCGUUGUUCAAGUACUCGAUCGAUUUCGAGCUGUAUCCUGCCAGCAGCUAA